AUUCGGCUCGAGCGGUUGGGCCGGAUCGGUGCGAUGAACCACUGGGAAGGUGCUGAGCCUGAGACCUGCCUCUCGCUGGCACUCGGCGAGCCAGAAGCGGCAGCAGGUGCGGCGCUCGCGCGGAGGCAACUGGAAGCCACUGGCUGCGAGAAGAGGAAAGGAAGCUUUGCCACGGGCAUCCUUUGCCCAGAUUGUCAGGAGGAGCCAGCCGUGGCUGAUGGAAAGCUGUUGUCUCUGGGAAUCCUCGAGUCCAUCCUGGUGAAGGCUACUCCGACGCCUGAGGAGAAGACCUCCACCAUCGAGGGGAAGAACGACAGCGAGGCCGGCGAGGCCCGAGAUCGCCAGGAAGACCAGAUCAAGCUCCUUUCCGCUGGAGCGAUGCAGUUCAUCGUGCAGGACAUGAAUAUCUCCCCGUGACACGCCGAGGGGAUGCUUUGUCCAGAGGGGCGCCCCGCAGUUUCAUAAGUGGCCAAAAGAUCGGACCAAUGAUUCGCUCACAGAAACGUGUUUUCUUAGCAUCCGCCGAUUCGGAGUGGGAGAGAAUGUCGGAACGUGGCAGAUGGAGGAAAUCUGGAAGAAACUG